CCAGGAGGAAGCAGAACAACCUGCCCUUGGGGGGAUGAGCCCCCUGCAGGGGUGUUCCCAGGGCCUGUGGACACCAGACCAGGAAUCAAACUCGUGUCCCCUGCAUUGGCAGGCAGAUUCUUAACUACUGGAGCACCAGCUGUUGCUGUUCAGUCGCUCAGUC